AUGGCACCAAAGAAGAAGGGAAAUAAGAGGCACGAGGAAGAUUGGGAGGCGGAGCUGGGAGAAUCUGCUCCUGCUGGCGGAUCCGAGAGCCCCGCCCAGGAGGCCCCUGCUGCUGCUGCUGCUGAGGAGGAGGAUGGGGAAAUGGCCGGUGGUUUGCUGGCCGCCCUGAGGAAGAACAAAAACAAGAAGGCCAAGAAGGGCAAGCCGCAGAACGACUUUGUUGAAGGCGAGGAUGCUUCUGAGGAUGCGAAUGGCGGUGCUACUGCCACAGAUUUCUCGAGCAAGCAGCCAGAGGAGGGCAAUUUUGAUGAGGAUGAUGUUUUCGCGGGGAACAAGAAGAAGCCCAUCAAGGCUGCUGAUCCCGCGCCCAAGGCCGAUGAGGACGAAGACUCUGGCUUCCGUGUGAAGUCUAAGAAGGAGAAAGAGAGGGAGAAGAAAGAGAGAGAAAAGCAGCGAAAGAAGGAACAGGCCGCAAAGAAGAAGACCACCGAACCCAAGGAGGCGCAGCAAGCGAAGCCUGCUGCCAAGAAGGAAGAGUUCGUUGCUGCCCCUGCUGCCGCCGCCGCCGCCCCCCCCGAGCCUACUACUGGUGGCAAAAAGAAGAAGAUUCCCGCCCACCUGGCUGCCAUCCAGAAGCAACAAGAAGUUCUUAGGAAACAACGUGAGGAGGAAGAGCGUCUUCUAGCUGAAGCAAAGGCUGCAGAGGAGGCAAGGCAACGUCUUGAGGAGGAGGAAUCUCGCAAGAAGGAGGAAGCUCGCCAACGCAAAAAGGAGAAGGAGAAGGAGAAGAAGGAGCAACUCAGGAAGGAAGGAAAGUUGCUUACCAAAGCUCAGAAGGAAGCUAAGGAACGCAAUGAACGUCGUAUGCAGCAAAUGCUUGCUGCGGGUGUUGGAACCGUCGCUGGAUUGGAGGAACCUCAGACAGAAAAGAAGAAACCUGUUUACGACAACCGAAGAAAGAAGGGUCCAAAGAAGCAGGAAGAGGACCUGGAAGCCGCGGCUGCUCGUGCAAAGGCUCAACGUGAGGCUGAAGAUGAGCGACGACGAAAGGAGGAAGAAGAGCGAAAGGCAAAGGCCGAUGCUGAAGCUAAGGCCGCUGCUGGUGACGAAAGUGAGGAGGCUGAUGACUGGGAGAAGGUCGCCGAUGCCGAGGAUGACGUGAAAGACAGCUGGGAUGCACCCAGUGAUGAGGAAGAGGAAGAGAAGAAACCCGCAGACAAAGCGUCGCCGGAGAACGUGGAGGACGAGUCCGAGGAAGAGUCAUCUGAGGAAGACUCCGACGAAGAUUCCGAUGAGGAGCAAACUGCGGCUCAGCGUGCCGUCGCUCAGAGGAAAGCAGAGGCUGCUGAGCGAAGGAAGAAGCAGCACGAGGAGGCCAUGGCCGCUCGUUCGAAGGAUAACUUGCGCUCUCCUAUCUGCUGUAUUCUGGGCCACGUCGAUACCGGUAAAACAAAGUUGCUUGAUAAGAUCCGUCAGACAAACGUCCAAGAAGGUGAAGCGGGUGGUAUCACGCAACAAAUUGGUGCAACUUACUUCCCUGUCGAGGCUCUUCGUCAGAAGACUGCCGUGGUGAACACAGAUGGAAGCUUCGAGUUCAAGAUUCCUGGUCUGCUUGUCAUUGAUACCCCCGGUCACGAGUCUUUCUCCAACUUGAGAUCAAGAGGUUCGUCUCUCUGUAACAUUGCUAUUCUGGUCGUCGAUAUCAUGCACGGUCUUGAGCCCCAGACUCUCGAGUCUAUGAGACUGCUCCGAGACCGCCGCACUCCUUUCAUUGUCGCCCUGAACAAGAUCGAUCGUCUGUACGGCUGGAAGAAAAUCGACAACAACGGCUUCCAAGAGAGUUUGGCUAUGCAAAGCAAGGGUGUCCAGAACGAGUUCCGCUCUCGUCUUGAGCAAACCAAGGUGCUCUUCGCUGAGCAAGGUUUCAACGCUGAGCUCUACUACGAGAACAAGUCGAUGGCCCGCAACGUCUCUCUCGUGCCUACCUCAGCUCACACCGGUGAAGGUAUCCCUGAUAUGCUGAAGCUGUUGACUACCCUGACCCAGGAGCGUAUGACCAACGCUCUGAUGUACCUGUCCGAGAUUGAGUGUACAGUUCUCGAAGUCAAGGUUAUCGAGGGUCUUGGUACCACCAUCGACGUUGUUCUGUCGAACGGUAUUCUCAGGGAGGGUGAUCGUAUCGUUCUGUGCGGUCUCAACGGUCCUAUAGCAACCAAUAUUCGAGCACUGCUUACCCCCGCGCCUCUGAAAGAACUGCGUCUCAAGUCGCAGUACGUUCACAACAAGGAAGUCAAGGCUGCUCUCGGUGUUAAGAUUGCAGCCAACGACCUCGAACAAGCCAUCGCUGGUUCUCGUCUGAUGGUCGUCGGACCUGAUGAUGAGGAGGAGGACAUCGAGGAGGAAGUCAUGACUGAUCUGGAGAACUUGCUCAGCAAGGUCUCCAAGGAUCAGCGUGGUGUCAGUGUCCAGGCCUCUACCCUCGGUUCCCUCGAGGCCCUGCUCGAGUUCCUUCGUGUCUCCAAGAUUCCCGUCGCCAACAUCUCUAUCGGUCCCGUCUACAAGCGUGACGUAAUGAUGUGUGGUACGAUGCUGGAGAAGGCCAAGGAGUAUGCUGUCAUGCUGUGCUUCGACGUAAAAGUCGACAAAGAAGCGCAGGCCUAUGCUGAUGAAGUUGGCGUGAAGAUUUUUACCGCAGAUAUUAUUUACCAUCUAUUCGAUGACUUCACCAAGCACAUGGAGGAGCUUACAGAGCGCAGGAAGGAGGAGAGCAAGCUCCUUGCUGUCUUCCCUUGCGUUCUCCGGACGGUUGCUGUGUUCAACAAGAAGGACCCCAUCGUCAUUGGUGUCGAUGUGGCUGAGGGUAGUCUGAGGCUGCACACCCCUGUCUCCGCUGUGAAGACCAACCCUGUAACAGGUGCAAAGGAAAUCGUUGAACUUGGCAGAGUUUCUGGAAUCGAGCGUGACCACAAACCAAUCAAUGUCUGCAAAAGGGGUCAGCCCUCCGUUGCCGUCAAGAUUGAGGGAACCAACCAGCCCAUGUACGGCCGUCAACUGGAAGAGAAGGACACCUUGUACUCUCACAUCUCCCGUGCAAGUAUCGAUACAUUGAAGGAAUUCUAUCGUUCCGAUGUUAGCAUGGAGGAAUGGGGUCUCGUCAAAAAGCUCAAGCCUGUCUUCGACAUCCCAUGA